UCUCCACAGCUUAUUAUAAGCCCUUGAAGAUGAAACAUCUUCCUGCAGUUCAAUCAGUUCUGAAGGUUCCCACAUUCAUGGCCUGGAAGUUUCAUCAUGCCCUUCAAGGUCUUGGGACCAACAAGAAGGCUGAUCAGAAUUCUCAUCUGAUUUGAAGAAAUCGAAGUAAAUGAAACGACAGAGGAUUCCAUGUAGCACAACACUGCGAGAACGCUUGCAAGACAGAGAACAUGGCGCUCUCCCCUCGGAAGGACGGUGGCCCGGUUACAAAACUGUGGGAAUCCUCUGAAUUCUUAUCAAGCCUCGAUGCAGUGAAAUCAUGGCUGCAAAAGAAUUGCAAGAAGCAUGUACAAACAGAUCCACCUACCAGCAAGAGCCUGGCAACCCUCAUCUGUCAGCUCAUUCAAUUCCAAGAGGACAAUUUUGGUCGGAAUGUCAGCAAGCCACCUUUAACUCGCUUGCCUAUGCAAUGCUUCCUCGAUAUGAAACCUGGUGGAGCUCUCUGCCACAUCCUUGGCACUGCCUACAAAUUCAAGAGUGAACAAGGAUGGCGACGUUUUGACUUCCAGUCUCCAAGUCGAAUGGAUCGCAAUGUGGAGAUGUACAUGACCAUAGAGAAGAAUCUCAUUGCCAACAAGUGCAUGACCAUGCCUAUAAUCUUCAUCCGUCCCGACGUGGACAAGAGCAUCCAAGCCCGCCUCAAGGACAUCAUAAAGCGACACCAGGGAACAGUUGUUGAAUCCGAGGAGGAAGCGUCUCACAUUCUGCACACACCAAUGGCAGCUCCACCAAAGGAUGAUUAUGUCCGUGUGUCCAUGAAGAAAGGGGAUCAGCUUCUCAUUCAUUGGUACUUCCUUCCCAACUCAUAUGACUCCUGCAUCUCCUUUGCUUCCUUUCAUGCCGAUCUCGAUCUUCCAUCUGAAAUCAUUCCUGAGUCUCCCUUGCCUGACAAGACAUGGCAUGUGAUGGCAGAUUGGAUUCUGGACAUGGAAACCUACAAUGAAUGGAUGAAUGAGGAAGAUUAUGAGGUGGAUGAGACUGGGAAAAAAAAGUCUAGUAAGCUCAAGAUGACAGUGGAAGAAUUGGCUUCCUAUGUUGAUCCAGAAAAAAACAAGAAACGCAAGCGCAAGCGGUCUCCUUCUCCAAAGACCACUGGAAGUGGCAAGCGCAAGAGCACAAGGACACCUGGUGGUAUGGGAGGAGGGAGUACAAAAAAGCCUCGAGUGAAGGGAGAAGAAGAAGCAGAAGACUCAACCCGGGACAUGGAUGACCCAACUCCUGAACCUAACAUCCAGGAAGUCACACCUAUUAAGUCAGGUGGGAAAAAGGAUGGCGACAUGACACCCUUGAAGGGUGGUACCUACAUGGAUCUUGAUGAAGAAAACCUAGCCAAUGAAGAUUCAAGCUCCAACCAGGGGAGGAUCAAUCAACAGGGUUCAGGAGAAAAGAAUGGAGAUGAUGAAGAGAAUGUUACAGAGCAAACUCAUCACAUUAUAAUUCCCAGUUAUUCAGCCUGGUUUGACUACAACUCAAUUCAUGCCAUUGAGAAACGUGCUGUCCCUGAGUUUUUCAAUGGGAAAAAUAAGAGCAAGACCCCUGAGAUCUACCUGGCUUACAGAAACUUUAUGAUUGAUACCUACCGCUUGAACCCAACUGAAUACUUAUCAGUGACAGCAUGUCGGCGAAACCUGGUUGGCGAUGUCUGUGCCAUCAUGCGAGUCCAUGCGUUUCUUGAGCAGUGGGGUCUCAUCAACUAUCAGGUGGACGCAGAGAACCGUCCAACUGGGAUGGGCCCUCCACCAACAUCUCAUUUUCACAUUCUGGCUGACACCCCAUCAGGCAUCCAACCUGUGAAUCCCCUGAAGACAAUUCAGCCCUCUGCAGCCAAAGCAAUAGUGGACCUGAAUAAGGAGACCUCUGGGACACAGCAAGCCCAGCUGCAAACCUCUCAACCUCCCAGUGAACAUCCGACUGCUGAUCAAUUUGGAUUGCAUAUGGAUCAAUAUGCUCGUAAAGCAGCCACCCGGAACAAGGCAUUGUCAGGCCUGACAAGAGAAUGGACUGAACAGGAGACACUGCUGCUCCUUGAAGCUCUGGAGAUGUACAAGGAUGAUUGGAACAAAGUGUGCGAGCAUGUUGGAUCCCGCACCCAAGACGAAUGUAUCCUCCACUUCCUCCGUCUUCCCAUUGAGGAUCCAUACUUGGAAGACGUAUCUGCAGGAGGUGGUGCAUUGGGUCCCCUUGCAUAUCAGCCCAUUCCAUUCAGCAAAUCUGGGAACCCCAUCAUGUCCACAGUGGCAUUCCUUGCCUCUGUUGUGGAUCCCCGGGUUGCAUCUGCUGCAGCCAAGGCAUCAAUGGCUGAGUUUGCUAAGAUCAAGGAUGAGGUCCCAGCCUCAGUUGUACAGGCUCACUUGAAGGCUGUGGAAACAGCAGUUAAAGAUGGAAAGUCUGACCCCAUUGCUGUUGGCCUUUCUCAGACGGGGAUUGCAGGUACUAUGGUAGAGGCAGAAAAAGAGGAAGAAAGUGGAGACAAGAUGGAUGUGGAUGGAGAUGGAAAAGACAAAGAUGGAGAAGAGAAGAAGGGAGAGGAAUCAGAGAAGGACAAGGACAAGGAUAAGGAUAAAGAUAAGGAGCAGGACAGCGACAAGGACAAGGACAAGGACAAAGAUAAAGAUAAAGAUAAAGAUGAGGAGGAGAAAGAAGGAUUAAAGGAAGUAAAGACUGAAGAGCCAGAAGAAGCAGAAUCAAAAGAAGAGGAAGAGAAGAAGACAGAAGAGAUAGAGAAAGACAAAGAAAAAGAGAAAGAGAAGGAAAAAGUAGGGGAAGAGGAGAAGAAAGAAGAAGAGAAGGAGGAGGAGGAGGAGGAUGAAGGUGAGGAGGAUGAUGAGAAGGAGAAAGAAAAGAAGGAGAAGACCAAGACUAAGACAGCAGAAGAUGAGAAAAAGAAGGAAGGAGAUGAGGGGGAAGAAAAGGAAGGAGAAGAGGUAGAGCAGACCAAGGAAACGGAAGAGGAUCGUAUUAUAAAGGAUGCCAAUCUUCAAGCAGCAGCAGCAGCAGCCCUGGGAGCUGCAGCUGUGAAAGCAAAACACUUAGCAGCAGUUGAGGAGCGGAAGAUCAAGUCCCUGGUUGCCUUGCUGGUUGAGACUCAGAUGAAGAAACUUGAGAUCAAGCUCAGACACUUUGAAGAGCUGGAAAGCAUCAUGGAUCGGGAAAGGGAGACUCUGGAAAUCCAUCGACAGCAACUCAUCCAGGAGCGGCAACAAUUCCACAUGGAACAACUGCGUGCGGCGGAAUUCCGUGCGAGGCAGCAGGCCCAGGCACGCCUCAACGCAGAGCAGAAUGUGAACGCAAGCGGAGCGAAUUCCCCGGCUCAGUCUCCGGCUCCGGGAGCCGUUGCGACGCCUGGACCCGUUCAGGCAAGUGCUCAGGCGUAAUCCUUUGUCAUCCGAGAAACAAAAGGAGCACUUCUGUGGCAUUCGUGUACAAAAUCGUGCUACGUUCUGUGUUACACUUCGACUGUUUAUUAUAAUAAAGACAGAAUUCGUGUCUCUUA